CAAAUACCCUCCCACGCAAUAGAGCUCUCGCUGCUCGAUUAUUGGGCGUGUCCUCUUGCGCGAUGGAUAUGCUGGCCCCGUGAAUGCCAUCCUCGCCCUCAUGACAGAGAACAAUCCCUCCCCUGACUACUCCCGCCCGCAGUUCCCUCCCCAUAAUGAGUCGCGCGUAUGGGUGAUCACCGCGGGAGAUUCGCCUAUUGGUAUUUCGGUUGCGCGUCAGAUCCUUGCGCAUGGGGACAGUGCUCUCGUCGGUAUCACAUCCUCGGAUCUCGACCGCGAUGCGUGCCGUCGGGAUAUGUUCGAGGACUUCCAGGCGGAAGUUGAAGCUCACCGCGACGAGGGAUGGGCUGAGCGAUUCAAGGCUGUUCAAUUAGACAUAAGGAUUAUUGGAGAGUGUCAGGCAGUGGUUGCCGAAGCGGUUGCGACAUUCGGCAGGAUAGACAUUUUGCUUUGCUGCACCAGUCAAGCACUCGUUGGAACGGUAGAGGAGCUUGCUGCCUCCCAACAAACCCUGAAUCUUGUCCGCGAUCAGUUCGAGGUCAAUUACUUCGGUCCGCUCAAUAUUAUCAAGGCAUCGCUACCUCACAUGAGGCGUCAGAGGUCGGGGCAUGUCAUGAUUGUCUCCGGAAUCACACCAGCCGCUCAUAUCGGCACCCCUGGGCUCGGAAUGUACUGCGCGGCAGGAUGGGCCCUAGAGGGUUUCUGCGACAGCCUAGCAUACGAGAUCGCUCCCUUCAACAUUAAACUCACCAUCUUCCAAUGCAGUAUCGAAAUCCCCAUUCUCACAAACCUCAUCACCAGUGUUCCGCCGAUUGUCCCCGCCUACUCCCCCGGUAUAAAUCCAGCGCCUCUAUUUCGGGGAAUUCUAAACCGGCUCAUCCCCCGCUUACCAAAUACUCAGCAUGGCGGUAACAUUAGCGACGGCACUCAAGAGCAAAACCAGAAUCAGAACCAUAAUCAGACGAGCUCUAUCGAAGACGGCCCUUUCUCAGGCCCAGACCUCAUAUCGACAUACCCCCCGCUUAGUUCCGCACACAUGGCAAUUUUAGUGGAGGAGACGGUUUAUGCCAUCACGGCAAUUGGGGGACAUGAGAACCCCCCAUCGCGGCAUAUUGUAGGGCAGGAAGGUGUUGCGAGCGUUAAGGAAAAGUUGAAGACUGUUAGCGAAGAACUGGAAGAUUUUAUCCAAUGCAGUUUCGCGGUUGAUUACGCUGCUGAUGCGGAGCAGGGUCGAACGACUAGGGAGGAAAAUAUGGUCUUUGGAGCAAAUAAUGAUGCAUCAUGA